AUGGCAGAAUCAGGUUUCGACAGAGACAAAAUUAACUUUUUGAAAAAAAGAAGGAUUGAUUACUAUGAUCACAGCAAUAAGGAAGAUAGUACAUCAGUGGCACGCAGUAACAUGGCAUGUUCCAAUGAUUUCUUAAAUUCCAGUAGUAACAACGUUCCAAUGAACUCAAAACUGACAAAGAAAUAUGGUGUCGGUGCGAAGUUGCUUUCGAAGAUGGGAUAUAUUGAAGGGAAAGGGCUUGGUAAGGAUUGUUCCGGUAUAGCUACACCAAUCGAAACUCAAAGUCGGCCUGUGCACAAUGCUGGUUUAGGAAUGUUUUUAAGCACCACCACCAGUAACUAUCACAGUGAAGAUGAGGAUCAGUUGAGCUCUGGAGAUGAGUUAGGAGACAGUGUAAAGCUAGUCAAAUUCAAUAAAACCUCUACGGAAAUAUUAGGUGAGCCCCCCUUUAAUGAUAGUGGCGAUAUAGCUAUAGUACGAACACUGAGGGAGUUGAGAUUGGCAGGGGUACAAAUACCUGAUCAGGUCAUAAAAAAAAUUAAUCCAUUGAAUGAAGUAUCGAAAUCGAAAAAGGACGCGUUCGUGGAGACAUUACAGGAAUUGCUAAACAUUGAAAGAAGCCUGGAAGGUAUCCGUCAACGUAUCUCUCCUUUAGAGUUACAAAUAAAAGAAUACGAUGAAAAAAAAAUUCUUCUUUCUGAUUUGGAAUCUACUUUGAAGGAUGAAAAUAGGCAUAUCACUCUUUUUGAUAAGAUCAGUGCCAUUUUGAAAUUAUCCGAUGAUGACCUCAUAGACAGACUAACUUCCAAGUUAUUAAGCAAAGAGCUGUUUUUAGAACUCGAUUGGAGUCAUUUAGAAGAACGAAAUGAUGUAAUUGAUGAACUAACACAGAUUAUAGAAUUACUUGCAUAUAGGAUGGAUACGGCAUCAAAUUUUUUGAACAGAACGCAAACAGCAAUUUUUAAGAUAGUUUACCCCAAACUUGAAAAAUUCUGGAAAGAAUUUGACUUGACUAAAUCCAAAAUUGAUAGUGCCAUUACCUUGCUGUUAGAUUUCGAGCAAGUACUGAAUUUUAUCGAGUGUAAAGAACAUAUUAUGGAGGAAUUUAUUUAUCCAAAGUUGUUGUUGGCUCUUGAUAAUUGGAAACUUCACGAUGAAGAAGGAAUUGUUUCACCAAGAGUCUGGGUUUUAGAUUUUAUGAUCCUAAUUGAUGAUAAAGUUAAAGAUGUGAUUGUGGAAAAGAUCGAAACGAAAUUUCUUGCCUAUUGCAAAAAUUGGUACCAUAGGGAAUCAUUCUGUAUCACUAAUGUUGAUAUUAUAUUCAUAAAGGAAGUUCUCUGCGAAACAAGAUACUAUAAGAUUUUAUGGAAAGAGUUUCUUCCUAAAUUUCUAGAUGAGCUAUGGGAAAGACACAAUGACCCUAUAUUUGAAUUGGAAGACUGGAAAAAACAACAAGAAGAAAGAGGGAAUGAUUCUGGAUUUUUUUACUUCAUGAAAAAACUGAGAAGUUAUACUUAUUAUUUUCAUCCAGAACAAUAUGAAUUGCUGAUACGAGGAACCUUCAAUAACAUAAAUAAAAUUCUUUACCAAUGGCAUCUUUAUAGUACAGAGAAAGACUUGCAUAAGUCAAAAUGGUGGCUGAAUUGGCUGAUGAAUGUGAUAUUUGAAGACUCUUUACCAACAGGCUUGGAAUUAUUGGAGGUUCGAAAAAGUUAUCAUAUAUUUGCCAUGUCUGACAGGUUUCACGUUGAUAAAUCUACACUGGACGAAGAUUUCAAUUUACGGCUAAGUUUACGAAACUUAAUGGAAACACAAGCGAUCAACAAUAUCAUUAAAAUUGAAGAAGAAGAACCAACUUAUACUAUACAUAACAUUCCACUUGCAAAAGUUGUUACUUCAUUCAAAGAUGUGGUGGAAGAUUACUGUCUCGAAAAAGGGUAUCUGAUAAACAAAAUACCGAAUAUGUAUACUCAACUGCCAUAUGGAAGAGAUCAAGAUUGUGUAGUUCCUUUAUUUCAGAUUCAAAACGGGAAAAGAACAGUCAAAGUUGCUUUGAAACACGAUAUUCUUUGGCUGGAGGAUACCAAUGGGACAUUCAGACCAAUCUAUUUAUGGGUGCUUGACCUCUAG